CAAGCCAUUAACCUUCCAUGUCUCCACACCUCCCACACACACGCCAUCCCACCAGCCAGCAGGCCCAUCUAGUCACGCAUCUCGUUGCUAGAUGGGAAGUAGUCAGUGAUGAGCAGCUGCCCGUCCGGGACCGGCAGCCCCUCCCUACAGAAUUCGACACUCCAGGGGCCUGUCUGCACGACGGCGAACCCCAAACGGCUCAGCCGCCUCUCACACACACACCCGCACACGCACGCACUCCCACACCCGUGUAGCGCACCGAGUGGGAACUCAAUGUCUGUUCUGAGUGCGAUGCGCUCUAGAUUCGGCAGAGUGGCGAUGGCCUUGAGGCACGCGCCCCACAAAUAGGUGAAGUCCGGCACCUCGUCCGGCUCCUCUAGCCACGAGAGUGCCGAGAAGUACACGCUGAUGCAGCGGAUACGGUGCUCGAUGCCACUAUCGCCUUUCUCGCCCCCACCUGCCUUGCCCGCCGACGCCACAGCCUCGCUAUGAUCUGACUCUGCCCAAUUGGGCAGCUCGGCCCAGAGCUGAUCGUCAUCCCCCUCCCAAAGGGACCAAUCCUCCCUGCCCUCGAAGCACGAGUGGAACGCACCCUUAAUGUGCAGCAGGGGCCCGUCACUCGAGCAGUUGCGCAGAUAUAUAUAUAUAUAUAAGUUGCAGCGAUGGCAGGUGGUCAAUGGCCGUGGUGACGGCCUCCUCGCCAAGCUGCUCCGCCUUGCCGAGGUCGAUGCAGCGCACCUUGGGGAAGACGCGGCCGAGGUUGAACAGCAGGGGCUGCGGCAGGGGGCUGUCGGUGUCCCUCGCUGGCUGCAGGGUGAGUGUGCGGGCCGAGCUGAAGACCAGCUUGGGCAGCAUGGAGUAGAAGGCCUGGAGGAUGGCGUCUUGGGAGAGGCUGGUGGGAAAAGUCACUGAUGUGGCGAGGGAGGCCACCAAGGUGAGGGUGGAGGAGGCAAGUGAGUAGGCCUCCAUGUCGUAGAUGAGGCGCAUGGACCUGUUGGGCUGCAUGAGGAGGGUGAAGGGGAAGUCGAACGAGCUGCUGCUGUAGUCCUCCUCGCCGUCAGGAUGCACGCAGCACCUGUGGACCACACUCAGGGACUGCGACCCACACAGCAAGCAAAGCAAAGCAAAGCAAAGCAGCAGACACACAAGGCGACUGCACUCGCUGCACAUACAUUGCCACCCCUUCCUCCCAAUGCGUGUGGCCCACGCACGUGGAUGAUGGGUGGAGUGAUCUGUUUGACGUUGAUGGCCGCCUCGAUGGCCCCCACCGACCUCAGCCACGUAAAGUUGUCGAGGUCCAUCCAUGGGUCCGAAUCGGGCAGAUUCGUUGUGAUCUUGAAGCUCGUCACCUUCUUCACGGGACUGGGCAUGACAAGAUCCAUCGCCUCACACGCAUCCCACGCGAAGGGGGGAGACAGGAUGACGUUGGGGGGGCUGUCGCACCACUCCAGCCAGGCGCGGCCGUAGGUCUCAUCCUCAUCAUGAUCUCCAGGUUCGUUGUCGUCGGCGGUCUCCUCCUGCAUGCUACGCUUGCGCAACUCAACCGCCGCCAGCGACCUGCGGAUCACGCAACAGGCAGGGAAGCGAUUGCUGCGUGUCGGCUCCUUUGGAUAUGUGGUGUGUGCCACUCACCUGAGUCUCCAUUUGCGCCGCCAUGAGACCGACGCCCAACUCCCCCCCACCACGACCGUCUUCAGCCGUGGGAAGGCUGCCCCGCUCUCACCCUCGUUUACUGGCGCUACCCUGUGCCGCACCGUCGAGGUCGUGUCAGCCACCAGACUCUCCAGGCGAUUUCUCGUCCCCUCUAUGAGCUUCGCCAUCCCAUCGGUCAUCUGGCAUCGCACCACUGCACGCUUGGUCUUGGCCACCCAAGGGCGCCACGCCUGCAGCUGCCCCUCGGUGAGGUUGAUGGCCCGGUCGGCCGUGAAUGUGAUAGUGGUGUGCAUGUGGGGGUCAUGCGAUGGGCCGAGGAAGGAGGAGUGCGCGCGCGCGAGGCCGCCGAUGAGGGCCUCAGUGCCAACCAACGGACCGAGGCUGUCAUACAGCAGCCCCUCGGGCAUGGUGAGCAGCAAGGGGGGCACCGACUGAACAGAACAACACCACAACACAACACACACACAACAUACCAAGUCGCACAUUGCCUCCUCUUUUUGUGGUCAUCGGUGCGCGCCCCGGCUUACGUCUUGCAGCAGGUUGUGCUUCAUGGCGGUGAGUUUCUGCUGUGCGAAGCCGAUGAGGAUGGCUUGUGUAUCGGGCGUGACACCUCGCGCAGGGUCCAUCUUGGACAGCAGCGUCUUGAACCUCUCGAAAUCCAGACACACCAUCUGCACACACACAGCCAGCGACAAGUACGCAAUGGUCAGAAUGGCCAAACGCACUGCCGUGUGUCCUCUCGAUGCUCACCUUGGCUACAUUGGGGCACAUCUCCUUGCCCAGCGUCCGCUCCUUGCUCUCCUUGAGCGUCAAGACCUCAGCCGCCUGCAUCCCAUAUACCGCAGAGAGCGCUUUUUCGAGAGAGGACAAUCAUUGAUCAAGAGCAUGCAGCCCGUUGUUCUCACCCUCACCUACCUGCUGAUGCAGCUGGUUGAGUUUCUGCACAACAUUUUCGUAUCUGUCCCUGAAGCCGAGCACUCGUCCGAGCAGUGCCACGGCGUCGGUCCGGGACUCGAGCUCCAUCUAGCGCCCACUGACACGCUCAAGUGAACAAUGCAGUGGAUAUGUC